AUGUUGAACGGAACGACGGAAAGGGGCGGCUUGUCCUUACAAUCGUCACCAGUGAAGGUGUCGACGUCCCCAGUUCGAGCCACUUCGAGCCCGGUUCGGGCGCCCCCAUCCCCGCUUAAGUCUUCUCUCGCUAGUGGGAGGAGAUCUCCAAGAAGGUGUCAGUUUGCGGCUCCUGUUGAAGAUGCGAGGGAUAAAUGUGGAGCUUCAUGGUUAUGUCGAAGAGGGGCCGGGAUUGGCGAGGAGUCGGACCCUGAAAGGUCGCCAGGACCAAGUGCUCCUGUGCUGCAGGCUUGUGACGAGUCCGUACCGCCACCGAAGAACUGCUACAGACUAGUUAUGUUAGGCUCAGCUCGUGUGGGCAAGACGUCGCUGGUAUCCAGGUUUCUGGGCACGAAGUUUGAAGACAGUUACACCCCAACCAUUGAAGACUUCCACCGUAAACUAUACCGCAUCAGGGGCGAGGUGUAUCAACUAGACCUUCUGGAUACAUCUGGAAACCAUCCGUUUCCAGCUAUGAGGAGACUGUCUUUUCUUACUGGUGACCUCUUCGUGUUGGUAUUUGCGAUGGACAGUCGCGAGUCCUUUGAAGAAGUGAUACGGCUUCGGGAGCAGAUCCUGGAGACGAAGGCUAGUGCUAGCAGUGGGAGUAGCAGAGGUCGUCGCCAGGCACCCAGAGUUCCCAUGGCCAUUGCUGGAAAUAAAUGCGACAGGGAUCUUAAGACUGUCCAACCCGAAGAAGCCGUAGCCUACUGCAACACCCAAGAUUCAUCCUGCGUCUUCGUUGAAACAUCAGCGAAAAAGAACUUCCACGUCGACGAUCUCUUCUAUGAACUCUUCGUGGUCGCGAACCUACCUUUAGAAAUGGCCCCGAAUCACCAUAAAAGGGUUAGUACUGCAUUCGGCAGCCCUUGCACUUUACCCCCAACCAGUAGCCAAAGUAAUAGGAGUAAGAAAUGUACCCUUUCCAUCAAGAGAAGAUUAUCAGACGCUUGUGGAGUAGUAGCUCCAAAUGUUAGAAGGCCCAGCAUCAGAACUGACCUAAUGAUAAUGAGAACAAAGACUUGUGCCAAAGGAGACACGGACAGUACGAGCGGAAGCCCGAAGAUAACCUUGAACCGGCUUGUGAGGUCUUCGGGACAGAGUGAAAAGCGUUCAUGUGUUAUACAGUGAUAUUUAAUGUUAGGAGACUUGGUCUGAUGAAAGAUGAUCGUUUCGAUAGGUGCUAUAAUAGGACAUGGAUGAAUUUGUAUGCUGCAAAAGUUUUGGAAACUUCGAAAUGCCUCCGAGGGUCCUUUUAGAGGCGUAUAUUGAGAUUGGUACAUCAAAAUUCAAGAUAUGUGCAUUUAAAAUGGUGGUCUACCAAAUUACGUUCUAUGAUGCAAAGAUUCAAUUUUAAGUUUUAUGUUCGACAGAAGUCAAUUCUGUUGA